UAUAUGCUUUUAACAAACCAACAAACACACAAGAAAUAAAUUAAAAAUAAAUUCAGUGGUUAUAGCAGCAAGAAAAUGGCAGCUACAAUGAUGACUUCGAUCCCUCAGUUUUGUGGGCUGAGGCCAGCUGUUCCAGUGGGGGCUCCGGUUCGCAGCCUGGUGGCGGUGCAGCCCUUGAAGCGGAGCGGCGGCGGCGCUCUCAGUGCCCGCUGCGAUUUCAUUGGCUCACCCACUAAUUUGAUAAUGGUGACGUCGACAAGCCUGAUGCUAUUCGCUGGACGGUUCGGAUUGGCUCCGUCGGCGAACAGGAAAUCAACGGCGGGGCUGAAGCUGGAGGUGAGGGACUCCGGGUUACAGACGGGUGACCCAGCGGGUUUCACCCUCGCUGAUACUUUGGCGUGCGGCGUCGUCGGCCACAUCAUUGGCGUCGGUGUCGUUCUUGGCCUUAAGGGCAUUGGUUCUCUCUAAAAGUUAUCUGUUUUCUUUGUUUGAAUUAAAAAUAACUUUUAAAAAAAUCUG